GGGAUCAUGAAUGGGAGGAUAUGUGUGGGAUAUGAGUAGGACACAGGGGGGCAUGAACAAAAUUAAUUUAUGCAGAACAUGGCGGCUCAAUAAGAGUAAUAUUUUUCCAAAAUUUUUCCUUGUUGUAAAAAAGUUUGCCUGGGUCCACAAUGAACGUCCAGAAACGAAAAAGGGGAAUAGAAGUUGAAAAAGAAGAAUCUGUCUGGAGCAAGGCAUUUUCGGCUGGUUCAACCUGGGACGACAAGGAUGAAUUUCUUGAUGUGAUAUAUUGGUUAAGACAAGUUCUGGCAAUAAUUCUAGGAAUAAUAUGGGCAAUCAUUCCUUUAAGAGGUGUUGUUGGAUUAGUAUUGUUCGCGCUGAUUAAUGCCGGGGUGCUUUUUGUUUAUUUUACAAACUUUCAAAAAAUUGAUGAUGAAGAAUAUGGUGGUCCUAUGGAGUUAACUAAAGAAGGCUUCUUUACUUCUUUUUCCUUGUUUUUGGUAAUAUGGAUCAUUGGCUUUACUGCAUUGCAUCAAGAUUGACAUAGGCUGUUUAAAGAGGAGUUCUUAAAGAGAUGGAAAGAGAGAGAAAGGUCCAGGUCGAUGCAAAGAAAGGUCUUUUGGAAGCAGUGUUUGCACUGAAAUCCAUCACAGUCUCAAAUUACUUUUUUCAAUUCAGUGCUCGUUUUUUGAAAGCUGGAUAGUGAGGAAACCUCUGGUAGUGAUUUUUUCAAUAGCUUUGAAAUUGCUUGUUGUUCUAUGUUCUUGCCAUAUUAAGCUGUUGCUAUCAUCCAUUGCUAUCCAGCCUUCAUAUAACUAGCUCCUAAACUGUGAAGUUUCUGUAAAUUUUAACAAACUGAAUAUACCUGAACAGUGCAUGAACAGAGCAAAUAUGUAAAAAACUCAAUUGUAGUAUGGCUGCUCAUUGUCAAUGGUCAAACAUUUACCUUGAAACAUGCCUGUGACAAGUUGUGUGCAAUGCAUAAACUCUGUAAUAAUAUGCUGUAAGAAUCCCUUUUACAUUCAUCUUGAUAGCUACCUGUUGAAACCUGACAAUAAAAAGUUUUAUCAAAUCUA